UUUUGCAAAAUAGGUUUCCUGUAUAUUGACCAGUGUUACAGGGACAAUAUGGAAACUCACGGACCUUCACCUAAUGACAAUUUCACAGCGGAGUCAGCUCAACUUGUAAAAACCCUGCUGGAGAAACACCGCCACACUAUCACGAAGGAGCAGGAGGGAAACUCUCCUGAGAGUGAGUUGAAGAAUAUUAAGUGGGUUGCAAACAAAGACUUCACGAUGGAAGUGGGGAAACAGCAGAUUGGGGAAUACAUCCAAACAUGGGAGGUGCAGCCCUGCUGGCUUUACAGUCUGGAUUUUCUCUACACGACCGAGGAGGGGCAUCACACCUUCUACCACUACCGGGCACGCUUUAGCACCCCGACACCGCGGAAGCCUAUUCAGGGGACGGCUAGUGUCUACUUCAUCAUGGACACCUCUAAAGUCAGAGACCAAACUCUGCCCGUGGAGGUGCACUUCGUGGUGGAGUCAAAUAGGCUGGUACACACGCCGGGGAGGACCAGAUUCAGAGAGAAGUGGCUGGCGGACGUUAUUGAGAGCAAGACUUUGCUCCGAAAUGCGGUGCAGUUUUGA